AUUCGCCGCAGUCCGUUACAAUAUCACGUCUGGACAAUAGCUCCUCGGCCGGUCCCACGCGUACGAUCUCCGAACGUUGCCCGCCGUCGCGGUCGUUUUCCUUUACACGCGCAAACGCGCGCGCGCGCGCGCACACGCACACAAACGCAUCCGAACACGCGAGACUUGACUGAGUUACGUGAUAAUAUCAAAUAUCAAAAAACACCCCUAGAAAAAUGUUAGGACUUGUGACCACCGUCUUUUCUUGCUUGUACUUGAUGGAUUCGGCGUUGGCAAUAUCAGUGCCAACGGGCAAGACGACGCCCAUCGAACCCGCUGCACCUGAACCAAGUACGAUUCCCGUUCCUCGAUCAUACGUAGUACCACCGGCUCCCGUACAAGAGUAUUCAGAAGAAAGACCAGAACCACCGCCACUCGAUCCGUCCUACGUGCCCGUUCCGUACGACUUCAUCGAGUACUUGGCGCCCCACGGCGUUCUGCUGGUGCCCAUGAAAAUCAAGUUUCAAAAACCAUUUUCAAAAUAUGAAAAAUACCCACUAACGGCUACUAAGUAUCAGAAGCUUAUUAGAAAUGAAAAUACGAGACGGAAAUAUUAUUUUAAUUUACCUCAGCAAAAUUCCAUUCCAUUCAAUUGAUGACUUUUUUUCGCUGUCUUGUCAAAUAUUUUUACCGUGUCAUAUCAUGUAUACUUUAUAAUAUAUAUAUAU